GGAAAAUCGUAUUUUAAUCGGAGGUGUUCGGGUAAAAGGCGCCAUCAUGAAUUUUUGAACGCGAGCAAAUUUAGCUUCAGUUCCGAGCCGGCCGCCGUUUUGUAAUUUUCGUCCUCCUUCUCUAUUAUAGAGUUCGCAUCGUCGUAAAUAGGGCAAAAAAAUAUCCCGUUUAAUUUAAAAAACAAAUAAAAACAAAAUGAGUACGAAAGAAAACAAGGAAGUUGCCGUGGAAAAGUUGGAAAACGACAAGAGUGCGACGGCCGACGCUAAAUGUGAAUUAAAAGGCACGAAAAGAGCGGCUGAGGACAAAACCGAUGACCCUAAAAAGUCGAAAAAAGAAGAAAACGGUGCGAAUUCGGAGGGCGAAGAGUUAGACGAGGAAGAAGAAGAAAUUCUCGAGGAGGAAGACACAGGUGAAGAAGAACUGCCCGAAGGUGAAGAUGACGAAAUCGAGGGCGAAGAAGAUGACGAAGAAGACGUAGAAGGCGAAGAAGGGGUAGAGGAAGAAGAGGACGACGCAUAAUGAAACCAGUGCGCAGCAGCCGUGAAAACGAACUGUGACGGACAUUUACAGUGCAAACGCAACCAGCAGAGCUCAUUUUUUCGAUUACUGUCGUGACAUAACCUCAAAUAGUUACAAUUCAAAAAUUAUUUUCGGCCACAACCCAGAAAAGCUCUUUGCCGCACUGGAAUGGUUUUUUUUAUUUUAAAAUGUUUUCUUUUUUUUAAUUUUUUUUAAAAGUGUGACCGUGCGAAGUUGUGUGAACGCUAGCCGCGGUACCUGACCUCUUAUCUAACUUAUUACUUAAUUUGUCCUCGCCCCUCUCCGAUUGUCCCUUCCUUAUUCCCCAUUCCCUCAAUUAUAAUUGUAAAAAAUGUCCAAUUUUAUGUAAAUGAUAGAUAUAAAUUUUAGUUUUUAAGUAUUGUUUUGAGUUUUUAUUUUUUUUUUUUCGCGUCGUCACCUUCAUCUUCAGUAGUUUUUUAAUCGGGUUUAUUUUUGUACAAAAAAUAAAAUAAAUAAAUAAAUACAUAUUAAUAUAAUAGUGCAUUUUUUUUAUAUAUUCAUGUGAGGGCUUGUACAUUGUUGCUGUUUUGGAAACUGCAAGAUUUUGAGCCAUUUUUUAGCUAAUUCCGAUAAUACAAUACAAGCUGGCAACAUCCGAAAACAACUUUGCCAGUGAAUAUAGAAUAUUCUUUUUUUGCUGGCUUGAAAUUUCAUCCAAUUGGCAGUGUUGCCACAAACAAUUUUACAGAUAAUGCUGCCGUCAUUGAGUGGCAACACUACAAAUUUCAACUGUGUUUCCAAGAUACCAACAUAUCGCCUAAUAAAUUAUUAUACAGGGUGCAACAAAACAAAAAGUUGGCUUAAUAUAAAAUAAUUCCAAGAUGUAAAUUUGUAUCACCCUGUAUAAUAAACUACAAUUUUUGUAAUAAAAAAAAGGUUUGCGGAAACUUAAUAACGACAAGUGAUUAAAUUAAUUGCAAAAAAAAAACAAAGUUGAUUAAGGGCAAUAAAAGUACAGAAAAAAGUAGACUAGAGAAGAAAAUAGUCCUAGAGUCAAACAUUUGUUUUUUAAUAAUUAAUUAGUAAUUAUUUGUAAGAUCAGUGUGUUCUUUUUUGUAAAAAAAAUCAAUUUGUAAUUAACAAUUUUUUUUCCAAUAUUCGAUUAAUCUCUUCUCAAAUUGCGAAACAUUACUUGUGUACUGAUUUUUUUUUUCUGAUCAAUUGAUACAUAUAAUAAAAAAGAAAAACAAUAAUUGUUUCAUAAAAAUAAAAAGUGUUUUACAUUAUGUUUGUUUUGUU